UUCUCCUUUGUCUCUGUCCUCUCUCUGUCUCUCUCUCUCUCUGUCUCUCUCUCGUUUAUUGUAUUACUCAUUUUGUCUGGUUGCUCUUACGUAAGUGUCCUGAUAGCUCUUCUCUCCUCUCCUCUCCAUUCUAUUAUUUGCACCUCCUCUGAUCUCUCCCACCCUCAGUCUGCCCAUUUCACUCUGCCCACAAGCCCCCAAGUGAAAGGAGUGCAAGUCAUCCUCCGACAAAAUGGAGAUCACCAAUGUCAUGGAGUAUCAGGAGAUCGCAAAACAGAAGUUGCCCAAGAUGGUUUAUGACUACUAUGCCUCUGGUGCUGAAGACCAGUGGACUCUUCAGGAGAACCGGCAUGCCUUCUCAAGGAUUCUGUUCCGACCUAGGAUUCUGAUCGAUGUCAGCAAGAUCGACAUGACAACAACUGUUUUGGGCUUCAAGAUCUCGAUGCCUAUCAUGAUUGCUCCCACUGCCAUGCAAAAAAUGGCUCACCCUGAGGGAGAGUAUGCCACAGCAAGGGCAUCAUCUGCUGCAGGCACAAUCAUGACACUGUCCUCGUGGGCCACUUCAAGUGUUGAAGAGGUUGCUUCAACUGGACCUGGAAUUCGCUUCUUCCAGCUCUACGUGUACAAAGACAGGAAUGUGGUGGCACAACUUGUGAGGAGAGCUGAAAGGGCCGGGUUCAAGGCCAUUGCCCUCACUGUGGACACCCCAAGGCUUGGUCGCCGGGAGGCUGAUAUAAAGAACCGGUUCACUCUUCCUCCAUUCCUGACACUGAAGAACUUUGAGGGACUGGAUCUCGGAAAGAUGGACAAGGCUGAUGAUUCUGGUCUGGCCUCAUAUGUUGCUGGACAAAUUGACAGGACUUUGAGCUGGAAGGAUGUCCAAUGGCUUCAGACAAUCACCUCCCUGCCCAUCCUGGUGAAGGGUGUCAUAACUGCUGAGGAUACAAGGCUCGCAAUUCAAGCUGGAGCUGCUGGAAUUAUUGUUUCCAACCACGGGGCUCGUCAACUUGAUUAUGUCCCUGCAACUAUCAUGGCUCUGGAAGAGGUCGUGAAAGCUGCUCAGGGCAGAGUUCCAGUUUUCCUCGAUGGUGGUGUCCGUCGUGGGACUGAUGUUUUCAAGGCUCUUGCUCUCGGAGCAUCUGGCAUAUUUAUUGGAAGGCCGGUCGUGUUCUCAUUGGCAGCAGAAGGCGAGGCGGGUGUGAGAAAGGUGCUUGAGAUGCUCAGGGAUGAAUUUGAGCUGACAAUGGCAUUGAGUGGGUGCCGUUCCUUGAGGGAGAUCACCCGCGACCACAUCGUCACUGAGUGGGACCGCCCCCGUCUCCUCCCUCGGUUGUAAGAAGAUAAAAAUGAGAAAGGAAGAAGCAGCAGAUGAUGACGGGGCUUUUUAUCGAUUAUAAGAGCUUGUCGGGUUCCUAAAACAAUUCUAUCUUUUUCAUUAAGUUCCUCCGUUGUGCUCGGGUAUAAUUGUGAAGCUUAAGAAGCUCAGCUGUGACUCAUUCAAUCUCUUCUGUUGAUGGCUACUCUGCUAUUAAUGGCUACUUGCCUCUCUCUGUAUAUUCUUUUCUCGGUUCGUUUCAUAGUACUAUACUUCGGCUCGUCGA